AUGGAGAAUUACGACGUGAAGUUUCUCUGCAGCUAUGGCGGCGAGAUCCACCACCUCCCCAACGACAAGAAGAUGUCAUACGACGGCGGCCACAACAAGCUCUACUACGUUAACCGUGGAAUCGACUUCACCGCCAUGCUCGCGGAACUCUCCGCUCUCUUUGACGCCGCCGGUGACAUCCACUUCAAAAAUUCCCCUAAAAUCGCUCGGAUGAGAUUAUUCAUCUUCCCUGGUAACGGUCCUGAUUCUGCGUCCACCCAACCUUUCCCAGCUAAACUAAAAUCCAAAGUCAACGGUGGUACUGUUUUUCCUCUACAAAUUACACGGGUGAAGUUCCAAGAUCUCCCACCGGUUAACAAUUUUAAUACCUCAGACCGGGUGUUGGAUUUGGAUCCAAAAGUGAAUCAACCGGUCGAAGAUUCCGGUUCUUCCCGUUUGAAUAGUCCGUUACCUGCUUUACAAUAUGAUGAUUUCAUUAGCUUCAGAGGUGAGGAUACAUGCGCAAGCUUCACUUCCCAUCUUUUCAAAGCCAUGUCCCGAAAGCAGAUAGUUACAUACACUGAUGACUUGCUUCACGAAAGAGAUUCGAUCACGUUCUUCCUCCUCAGAGCAAUUGAAGAGUCUUGCCUUUUGCUUGUUGUAUUCUCAGGGAACUACGCAUCCUCAAAGUGGUGCUUGCAAGAACUGGUUAAAAUAAUGGAGUGCAAGAAAGAAUUUGGACGGCUUGUUAUACCUGUCUUCUACAACGUUGAUCCAUCACAUGUAAGGUAUCAGCUAGGAAGUUACAGUGAAACGUUUAAAAAACACUGGCAGAAUAACAAGAAGGCGGAGGUAGAAUCACUAUUAAGUGAAUCUGUUGAAGUCAGAAUAAUUGGAAUUUGUGGCAUAGGGAGUAUAGGAAAAACAACUCUAGCAAGACUUAUAUUUGAGAAAUAUUCUUAUACGUUUGAAGGCUCCUGCUUCUUAGAAAAUGUACGGGAAAGAUCAAGAAACUAUGGACUAACUGAGUUACGUCGUCGACUUUAUUUGGAGCUCUUACAAGGAAAAUUUUGGCAAAAUAACACAGGAAAAUCCACUUUUGUUGAGGACAGGGUAAGCAAACAAAGAAAUUUCAUAGUUCUUGAUGACGUGAGUAGUUUAGAGCAAUUAGAUUACCUGGUUCAGAAGCUUCAAUGGUGUGGUGCAGGUAGUAAGAUCAUUAUCACAGCUAGAGACAAAAAUGUACUGGUUCCAACAGUUGAAACAAUGUAUGAGAUGAAGAUAUUAGAUUCUCAUGAAUCAUUUAAACUGUUUAGUUUGAAUGCAUUCAAUGAAGACUAUCCACAAAUUGGAUACGAGGAGCUAUCAUGGAAAGCGGUUGGCUGUUGCAAAGGCAUCCCACUAGCCUUAAUAGCAUUGGGUUCUUUUCUUCAUUCAAAGAGUAAAACUGAAUGGUAUAGUGCAUUGCAAAAGCUUGAGAAGACACCAGAUCCAGAAAUUCAGAAUAUUUUAAGAUUGAGUUAUGAUGGAUUAUAUGAAGAGGCAAAACAAAUUUUUCUAGACAUCGCAUGUUUUUUUAAGAGAGAGCUUGUAGAAUACGUAGUUAAUCUGUUAGACAGUUAUGGCUUGUAUGCAGCUAUUGGCAUGAGAUCCCUUCUUGAUAGAGCUUUAAUAGCUAUAUCUCAUAAUUGUGUGCGGAUGCAUGACUUGAUCCAAGAAUUAGGUUGGGAUAUCGUUUGUCAACAAUCUAGUGGAAAUCCUGAAAAUCGUAGCCACUUGUGGGAUUCUAAUGAUAUUCAGGAUGUUUUGGGAAACAACAAAGGAACUGAUUCUAUUGAAAGCAUAGUGUUUGAUAUGUCUCAAAUAGCAGAUCUAUAG